AUGACUGAUGAGGAAGCACAAGCUGCCCCGGCCACCGACGCCACGAGCGAAGAUCCUCGAGAUAUUUUUGUUGCCGCAAAGCUCGGCGACCUUGCAACUGUUCAAGAGUUUGCAGAGAUAGAUGGCUUUGAGGUAGACAAGACGACCGACGGCAGAUACCCGCGGACCGCAUUGUCGAUUGCCUGUGAGCACGGCCACAGUCAUGUGGCAAAGUACUUGCUUGAGCGUGGCGCGGACCCUGAAAGAGACAACAAGAAUUGGAAAAUCCUCAUGACGCCGCUCCACUGGGCUGCAAGACGAAGGGGGCAGGUUGAGGUGGUCAACUCGUUGGUUACAGCACUCGGCGGCGGCGGCCACCCGAACUACAAGGGUAAGACAGCCUUAUGUAUGGCUGCGGAGAAGGGUCACGAGGAAGUCGUGAGAAUAAUCCUCGAGAAUAGCACCACAGGCUGGGGGGGUUCAUCCUGGAAACUGCCCUUAUAUAUAGCUGCGGAAAAGGGCAACACGGCUGUGGUCAGGCUCCUUCUUCUUCAUCAGACGGUACAUGCGACCUCGCGCGAUGAGAAAGGGCGGACGCCAUUGUUUCUCGCCGCCCAGGCAGGUCACCACGAGGUUGUCGAGCUUAUUGCCAGCGUGGCCCUUACGACGCCAACCAAAGCCAGGGCAGAACGCGGCUGA